AAUGGGACCUCAAACGAUUUUCACCUGCAUGCUGUUAAUAAGUGCCACUAUCUUGCAUGACCCAGCCUUUUUGGUUUACACAAUCUCAGCCCCACUGAGUAGUUUCAUAUCACUGAGACUGGUGAAUGGACAGAACAGGUGUUGCGGUCGAGUUGAAGUCCGUUACAAUGGAAACUGGGGAACAGUCUGUGACGAUGCCUGGGACAUAAAAGAUGCAGAGGUUGUGUGCAGACAGCUUGAGUGUGGGCGGGCCAUUGCGGCGCCCAUGAAUGCCCGGUUUGGUGAAGGCUUCGGAAGUAUUCUCCUGGAUGAUGUGCAGUGCAGAGGGGAUGAAUCCUCUUUGCUGCAGUGCUCGCAUCGGGGGUGGGGCACACAUAACUGCGCUCACCGUGAGGAUGCCAGUGUCAUCUGCUCAGGUCCAUUAGUGAGAGUCAGGAAUGGACCUAAUGGAUGUUCCGGUCGUGUUGAAGUCCGUUACAAAGGAAGCUGGGGAACAGUGUGUGAUGAUGCCUGGGACAUAAAUGAUGCAGAGGUUGUGUGCAGACAGCUUGGGUGUGGGCGGGCCAUUGAGGCCCCCACUAAUGCUCGGUUUGGUAAAGGCUUCGGAAGGAUUCUCCUGGAUGACGUGCAGUGCAGAGGGAAUGAACACUCUCUGUGGCAGUGCUCGCACCGGGGAUGGGGCAUACAUAACUGUGCCCACCGUGAGGAUGCCAGUGUCAUCUGCUCAGCUUCAACACCUACAACAAGUGAGCCCCUUACAACGGGUCCAUUAGUGAGAGUCAGGAAUGGACAGAAUGGAUGUUCCGGUCGUAUUGAAAUCCGUUACAAAGGAAGCUGGGGAACAGUGUGUGAUGAUGCCUGGGACAUAAAUGAUGCAGAGGUUGUGUGCAGACAGCUUGGGUGUGGGCGGGCCAUUGAGGCCCCCACUAAUGCUCGGUUUGGUAAAGGCUUCGGAAGGAUUCUCCUGGAUGACGUGCAGUGCAGAGGGAAUGAACACUCUCUGUGGCAGUGCUUGCACCGGGGGUGGGGCAUACAUAACUGCGCCCACCGUAAGGAUGCCAGUGUCAUCUGCUCAGAUUACACAACACAAGAAACAGAGAACUCUUCUUCAUCCACUUUCCUGCCAGGGACCACUGGGGCAAUAUCCAGCCCACAACCUCUGACUACCGCUAAUGGAGCUUCUGUGGAUUACACAAUACCAGAAAGAGAGCACUCCUUUUCAUCCACUCCCGCACCAGAGAGUACCGGAGCCAUAUCCACCCCAGAAUCACUGACUACACCUAGUGCAGAAAGAGAGAACUCCUUUUCAUCCACCACCUCACCAGAGAAAACUGGAGAAAUAUUAACCCCAGAAUCACUGACUACACCUAAUAAAGUUCAUGCAUCCAAAACAACAGAUUACACAACACAAGAAACAGAGAACUCUUCCUCAUCCACUUUCCUGCCAGGGACCACUGGGGCAAUAUCCAGCCCACAACCUCUGACUACCGCUAAUGGAGCUUCUGUGGAUUACACAACACCAGAAAGAGAGCACUCCUUUUCAUCCACCCCCGCACCAGAGAGCACCGGGGCAAUAUCCACUCCAGAAUCACUGACUACACCUAGUGCAGCCACUGUGGAUUACACAACACCAGAAAGAAAGAACUCCUUUUCAUCUACCGCCGCACCAGAGGCAAAUGGAGAAAUAUCAACCCCAGAAUCACUGACUACACCUAAUGAAGCCAAUGUGGAUUACACAUCGGAAAGAGAGAACUCCUUUUCAUCUACCACGGCACCAGAGACAACUGGAGAAAUAUCAACCCCAGAAUCACUGACUACACCUAAUGAAGCCUCUGAUGAUUACACAACACUGGAAUCAGAUUAUUCCUUUUCAUCCACUUUCACAGCAGAGAGCACUGGGGCAAUAUCUACCCCAGAACCACUGACUACAGCUAAUGAAGUGGCACUUACAUGUCUGCCAGAAUACAUGCGUGCAGUCAUUAGAAGAGCCUACAUCAGGUUAAAAGGCUAUUUUUCAUGGAAUUUUCGCUUGAAUGACCCAACUUGUAGGCCUAUGGUUACAAAAUCCGAUGUUAUAUUCCAUAUACCUUAUGAUGGCUGUGGUACAAAAAGUGAGGUAAAUAAUGGGACUAUUGACUACUCCAACACAGUCAGAGCAUCCACUUCUGAUAAUUUCAUUACCAGGGCAAAGAGUCUUCAGUUACAUUUCACCUGCAGAAUGAACGAGAGCGUGAUAGUGGACAUCAUGGCCAUCGUCAACGAGUCCAACUCUUUAGAAACUGAUGAAACUCAGUAUGGACAAUUCAAUGUGAAACUUUCCUUUUAUGAAUCACCAUCUUUUUCAAGCCCUGUGAAUACUUUCCCAUACUUUGUUGACCUAAACCAGGACGUAUACAUUCAAGCCACUCUCUACAGCCCUGAUCCAAAUCUGAUGUUGUUUAUAGACACAUGUGUAACAUCUCCUGAUUCCCAUGACUUUACAACUGUGAAAUAUGAUUUAAUCAAGAGAGGGUGUGUAAAAGACGAUACCUUCACUGCUUACUAUUCAUCAAACAAAAAAAUUGUUCAGUUCCAAUUUAAAGCCUUUUCGUUUCUUAAUGGAUACUCUACAGUUUACCUCCAGUGCAAAAUGGUGGUGUGCAAGGUGUACGAUUUUUCUUCUCGAUGCUACCAGGGCUGUGUAUCUAGGAACAAGAGAGAGACAAAUUCUGCCCAGGAAAAUGUGAUAGUUGUUGGGCCAGUUAAGCUCAAGUAAAAGAAUCCCAGUAACUCAGAUGGGCAUAUUGUCAAUUUUAUGUGAUGUUAUUUCAAUCGCUUUUAACAUCAAAAGGAUUGGUUAAUUGCAUGAUUUCCUUCUGAUGAGCUCUAGUAGCAUUUUUACCAGCAUAGCAAACUCCCAAUAAACAUCAGAGUACUUGCUUAGUGAUGGUAUACAUCUGAAUAUAUUCCUUAUCUGUCUUUACCAUUCCCUAAUUUCAAAUCUCUUGCAUUUACUUUCUAGACUUCUCUUCAACAAAUAAUCUUGGUUAUAAAAGUAUAGGUGAACCAGAUGAUUGAUUUUCUGAUCUAGACUUAGUGACAAGAAAAUCUUCUUGUAUUUAUUCAAAUUCCCCCUUUGUUUUACAUCAUACUACCGGCUGAAUAGCAUGAGUGUUGUUUAAGAACAAUUAGCAUAUAUUUUAAUUAUAUAACUAUAUGUUUAUCUCAACUCACAAUGAUUCACUGAUGAGCUUCAUACUUGAAAAGAUGAAAAUAGAAGCAUCUGUGUUUAUACUUUUUAAGGAUAGAAUAAACGCAUUAUGAUACUUGAAAAUUAUGGAGAUAGACACAUUAAAAUUGCUUAAAGAGAGGGACAUUAUAUGGUGUGUAAAUUCUAAAUCUGCCUCUAAUUUAAGAGAUUAGGAGCUUCAUGUUUUAUUUCUUGAACUAAAUUGAUAUGGAAAGUCAAAUGCAGUGGAAUUAAUAUUUUGUA